AUGCCUAUGCUCAAGGAACCCUGGAAGAAAUACAAGCCCUUCCCUCCUCUCAACUUGCCCGAUCGCCAGUGGCCCUCCAAAACGAUUGACAAGGCCCCUCGAUGGCUGGAAACUAGCCUUAGAGAUGGAAACCAGAGCAACCCAGACCCAAUGAAUGGGGAGGAGAAAUGGCGUUUCUUCAAGAUGCUCUGCGAUAUAGGUUUCAAAGAAAUUGAAGUUUCCUUCCCUUCCGCCUCCCAGACCGAUUUCGACUUCACGAGACGCCUGGUUGACACCCCCGGGGCCAUUCCAGACGAUGUUGCGAUCCAGGUGCUGUCGCCCUGUCGACCGGAUCUGAUCAAGCGCACGGUUGAGGCUGUUUCGGGUGCGAAGAAUGCCAUUAUUCACAUCUAUCUCGCUACUAGCGAGUGCUUCCGGAGAAUCGUCUUCAAUUACUCCGAAGAGGACACUCUUGAGCUCGCUGUGCGUUGCGCCAAGGUCGUCAGGUCCCUGACGAAAGACGACCCCUCCCAAUCAGGCACCAAUUGGCAGUUUGAGUUUAGCCCCGAGUGCUUCUCUGAUACCUCGCCCGAAUUUGCCGUCAAGGUCUGCAACGCCGUCAAGGAGGCUUGGGGGCCAACAGUUGAGACGCCUAUGAUUGUGAAUCUGCCGGCUACGGUCGAGAACGCGUCCUGCAACGUGUUCGCUGAUCAGGUUGAAUACUUCUGCAGGAAUAUAUCGGAACGCGAAAAGGUCUGCGUUAGCGUGCACAACCACAACGAUAGGGGCACUGCGGCUGCAGCGGCAGAGUUGGCUCAGAUGGCCGGUGCUGACCGUGUGGAGGGAUGUCUCUUUGGAAACGGCGAGCGUACCGGCAAUGUUGACCUGGUCACCUUGGCCCUGAACCUGUAUACCCAAGGCGUUCCCUGCAACCUGGAUUUCUCAAACCUGAACCAAAUCAUUGACGUGGUCGAGAACUGUAACAAGAUUCCCGUCCAUCCUCGCGCCCCGUAUGCCGGCUCCCUGGUGGUGUGUGCCUUCUCGGGAAGUCACCAAGACGCCAUAUCAAAAUCGAUGCACAAUCGCCGACGCGAGGGCAAGACCUACGAGGACCGCUGGGAAGUUGCAUAUCUGCCACUGGAUCCAGAGGACAUUGGCCGCACCUACGAGGCUAUCAUUCGUGUCAACUCCCAGAGCGGCAAGGGUGGCGCUGCCUGGAUCAUCCUGCGCAAGCUUCACCUGGAUAUCCCUCGCGGUCUGCAAGUUGCCUUUUCCAAGGUUGUUCAAAAGCGGGCUGAUAGUCUUGGCCGUGAGCUUCUAGCCGACGAAAUCACAGAUCUUUUCGAAAAGACCUACUACCUUCACGAGAACCCUCGAUUCUCCCUUGUUGAUUACUCAAUUACCCCUGACCGCUCGCAAUCUCCUGCACCGCCGUCGCCGGGCAAGACACAGGAUACUAAAAACCUAAUGCGUGUCUUUGAGGGCGUCAUUUCAGUCGACGGUAGGGAGAUCAAGCUCCGCGGACGGGGCAAUGGCCCUAUCUCUAGCAUGGCGAAUGCCCUCAAGGAUCUUGGCAUUGACCUGGACGUCAAUGAUUACAAGGAACAUGCGAUUGGCGAGGGUCGUGGCGUCAAGGCUGCAUCAUAUAUUGAGUGCAAGAUUGGAAACACCAAGGAGAUGGUAUGGGGCAUCGGCAUUCAUGAGGAUGUGGUUCAAAGUUCCCUGAUCGCGCUGCUGAGCGCUGCUACCAAUUUUAUCACGAGCAGGCCUGGAAGCCCUAUUCUAAAGCCAAUUGCGUCUCGACCGAAAGCGCUGAGUCCCAACAAUGCUAAUGGUGCAGCCAAGGAAUCUGCCAGUGUUCCUCAAGGGGCUUCUAGUGUGGUCUCUGUCCUGGAGGACAAGGCCAACGACAUGUAG